ACACCAUUUUCGUUGCGCCGUGUGUUUCCUGUCGGAAGCAUGAAGUAGCCAUCGGCAGACAACGGGCUGCUGGAGAUUUUGUAUAUAUAUUUUUUUAAUAAUUCUCCCUCACAGUGGAUUUCCCUUCGGCCAAGAUGUCUCGGGGCUCCAUCGAAAUCCCUUUACGGGACACCGAUGAGGUCAUCGAGCUUGACUUUGACCAGCUGCCAGAAGGAGACGAGGUCAUCAGUAUCCUGAAGCAGGAGCAUACACAGCUGCACAUCUGGAUCGCUUUGGCGUUGGAGUACUACAAGCAGGGCAAAACUGAGGAUUUUGUCAAGCUUUUAGAAGCAGCUCGUAUCGAUGGAAAUCUUGACUACAGAGACCAUGAGAAGGACCAGAUGACCUGUCUGGACACAUUGGCAGCUUAUUAUGUCCAGCAAGCACGUAAAGAGAAAAACAAAGAUGCCAAGAAAGAGCUCAUCACGCAGGCCACCCUGCUGUACACCAUGGCAGACAAGAUCAUCAUGUAUGAUCAGAACCAUUUGUUGGGACGAGCCUGUUUCUGCCUGUUGGAAGGAGACAAGAUGGACCAGGCCGAUGCUCAGUUCCACUUUGUCCUCAACCAGUCCACCAACAACAUCCCUGCUUUGCUUGGUAAGGCCUGCAUCUCCUUCAAUAAAAAGGAUUACAGAGGAGCACUGGCUUACUACAAAAAGGCUCUACGUACAAACCCUGGCUGCCCAGCUGAGGUCAGGCUGGGGAUGGGACACUGUUUUGUCAAGCUCAGCAAACUGGAGAAGGCUCGUUUGGCAUUUGGUCGAGCCCUGGAGCUGAAUUCAAAAUGUGUUGGAGCUCUGGUUGGUUUGGCGGUUUUAGAACUCAACAGCAAGGAGGCAGAUUCCAUCAAGAACGGCGUGCAGCUCCUAUCGCGCGCCUACACCAUCGACCCCAGCAACCCCAUGGUGCUCAACCACCUGGCCAACCACUUUUUCUUCAAAAAGGAUUACAGUAAAGUGCAGCAUCUGGCUCUUCACGCUUUCCAUAACACAGAGGUUGAGGCCAUGCAGGCUGAGAGCUGCUACCAGUUAGCUCGCUCCUUUCACGUGCAGGAGGACUAUGACCAAGCUUUUCAGUAUUACUACCAGGCCACUCAGUUUGCCUCGUCCACCUUUGUGUUGCCGUUCUUUGGCCUGGGGCAGAUGUAUGUUUAUCGAAGAGACAAAGAGAAUGCUGCGCAGUGCUUUGAAAAGGUUUUGAAGGCCUACCCCAACAACUAUGAAACUAUGAAAAUUCUUGGGUCUCUCUAUGCAACAUCUGACGAUCAGGACAAGAGAGACAUCGCCAAAGGUCAUUUGAAGAAGGUGACGGAGCAGUAUCCAGAUGACGUGGAGGCGUGGAUCGAGCUGGCUCAGAUCCUGGAGCAGACCGACAUUCAGGGAGCACUGUCUGCAUACGGCACGGCCACCCGCAUCCUGCAGGAGAAGGUGCAGGCCGACGUGCCUCCCGAGAUCCUCAACAACCUCGGGGCUCUUCACUUCAGACUGGGCAACCUAGGCGAAGCAAAGAAAUACUUUCUCGCAUCUCUCGAGCGGGCCAAAGCUGAGGGGGAGCACGACGAGCAUUACUACAACGCCAUUUCUGUCACCACCUCCUACAAUCUGGCCCGUCUGUAUGAGGCAAUGUGUGAAUUCCACGAGGCUGAGAAACUCUACAAAAACAUCCUGAGAGAGCAUCCUAACUAUGUGGACUGUUAUUUGCGUCUCGGAGCGAUGGCUCGCGACAAAGGAAAUUUCUAUGAAGCCUCUGAUUGGUUCAAAGAGGCCCUGCAGAUCAAUCAGGAUCACCCUGAUGCCUGGUCCCUGAUAGGGAACCUCCACUUGGCCAAACAGGAAUGGGGUCCGGGUCAGAAGAAGUUUGAGCGUAUUCUGAAGCAGCCGUCCACUCAGAACGACACCUACUCCAUGCUGGCUCUUGGAAACGUAUGGCUGCAGACCCUGCACCAGCCCACCAGAGACCGGGAGAAGGAAAAGAGACACCAGGAUCGAGCCCUGGCAAUUUACAAACAAGUCCUCCGAAAUGACUCUAAAAACCUCUACGCUGCCAAUGGAAUCGGUGCCGUCCUCGCUCACAAGGGCUUCUACAGAGAGGCUCGUGACGUGUUUGCGCAGGUGAGGGAGGCUACAGCAGACAUCAGUGAUGUCUGGCUGAAUCUAGCUCACAUCUAUGUGGAGCAGAAGCAGUACAUCAGCGCUGUGCAGAUGUACGAGAACUGCCUGAAGAAAUUUUACAAAUAUCAGAACACAGAAGUGCUGCUGUACCUUGCGAGGGCGCUCUUCAAAUGUGGGAAACUCCAAGAUUGCAAGCAGAUGCUCCUGAAGGCCCGUCACGUGGCACCCAGCGACACCGUGCUGAUGUUCAACGUGGCUUUGGUGCUUCAGAGGCUGGCCACACUCGUGCUGAAAGACGAGAAGAGCAACCUGAAGGCUGUGCUCAGCGCUGUCAAAGAGCUAGAACUGGCUCACAGGUAUUUCAGUUACCUCAGCAAGGCUGGCGACAAGAUGAGGUUUGACCUUGCUCUCGCUGCCUCUGAGGCCAGGCAGUGCUCUGAUCUGCUGAGUCAGGCUCAGUAUCACGUGGCGAGAGCCAGAAAACAGGAUGAGGAGGAGAAGGAGCUUCGCGCCAAACAAGAACAGGAGAGGGACAUACUUCGCCAGCAGAUGAUGAAAGAACAGACGGAUAAGCGCAACAAAGAGGUGCAGGACCAGAAGAAGCUCUUGGAGCAGAGAGCUUUGUACGUGGAGAAGACCAAGAACCUGCUCACCUUUGCAGAGGGGUCAAAGGAAAUGGCCAAAGAAAAGAAAAAGGGCGGUGGAGGACGUCGCAAGAAAGGAGGCGACAUGGAUGAGUUUGUCAACGAUGACUCUGACGAGGAGAAAGAACUGAGAAGGAAGAAGAAGAGAAAGGGCGGCAGUGGCAGCGAGCAGGAAGAGGGCGAGGACGGAGAGAAGAAGUCACGCAAAAAGAGGAGGAAACCUGCUAAAGGAGGCGAUGACAGUGAUGAUGAGGAGGGAUCAUCACGGCCCAAGAAGCAGCGUAAACCCAAAGAACGCAAGAGGAUUGAAAAGUCCCAGCCUGAGCGCCUUCCACCGUCUCUCAAAGGAAAGAUCAAGUCCAAGGCGAUCAUCUCCUCUUCUGAUUCAUCUUCAGAUGAGGAUGGGCUGAAAAUAGCUGAAGAAAGACAACAAAGAGACAGUGGUUCAGGAUCAGAUAAUGAUGGCAGCCACAGGAAGCGCAUUGCCUCUGACAGCGAGUCAGAUGGAGCUAAAAACCGCUCAGGCAGCGAGGCCGGCAGCCCACGGCGCUCUGCGGGCUCUGACGACUCUGGGAGUGACCGUCCAGUGAAGAAGAGGAGGGUGCAGCGACAGUCUGAAUCAGAGCAGUCUGACAAUGAAAGCAAGAAGAGUCGGUCAGGAUCUGACAACGAGUCCCGGCCGGCUUCGCCCGCCGCAGCGUCUGACCAAGGAUCUGUAGCGGGAUCUGAUAACGAGGGCUCCCCGCGCCGCUCGGACAACGGCUCUGAACGUGAAGCCUCCAACAAUGACGACAGCGAUUAAGUCUUCAUCCACAGAAAACUCUUAAAAUCUGCAUUUUUAAUUUUCUAUUACAAGCAGGGAUUUCUGUCCGUGCGAUAUCUGGGAAAUUAGUCUAGAAAAGUGUAGUUUUUGUUGGCACAGCUUCGGGUGUAUUCCUAACGUCCUGUUGGAAUUCUGUUUUCACAGUUGCUGUGUUUUGUUAAAAGUGUUGUUAAAGAUGUUUUGGUAAAGACAGAUCAAAUGUUUUGAAAUGAACUAAAAGGUGUAAAUGCCUUUUUUAUAUCUCAUAUGGUCGCACAACACACUGACCCAAGAAUGGGAAGAUGCUUCAAUAAAAUGUCAAAUAAAUUUAAAAAGCAAGCGUUGUGUGAGAUGUGGGGUGUUACAUUCUGCUCCUGUAUAUUCUAUUCUAUCCGACCAAAAUAGAUAUAGUGUCAACUUUGUUUUGACGUCAGGAUUCUUCUUUAAUAAGGUAUUUCUUAAAAUAAAAGUUCAUUGGAAGAAAAAUAAGUCAUGUCUGGUUGGCAGAUGAAUUCUCCUAUCAUCUGUACCUGACCCCAGGACGUAGGGGUUAUUUGUUUGGACAAGUUGAUCAGAACUUAAUUUUUGAUAACUCACCCGCAACCGCACACUCGCAGUUGGAGGGCUUGGUAACCCACUUCCCACUUGUUUGUUUGGAACAGCACUUAUGUGGCCGACAGUACAUGCCAACGGAGUGGAGGUGGGUAGGGAGAGGGUGUAAGGGUUGGGUGAAAUGGCCGAUAGUGUCCUUAACUUAAGACAUGUUGAUCAUUUCUCCUACAGCUAACCUGACCCUACAGCCGAUAGAACAUUUGAUUUCAUUCUGAAGCUAAUUGAAAGUUGUUGCAACAACCUCUUAUAUAAUUUAAACCCAAGUUGUUAGUAAAAUGGAUUGGAUUCAGAAAUUGAAAACUAUGAUAUAGGUUUUGUGAUACAACUUGUAAAAUUAAAUUGAUUUAUCAUUAAAUACUUCAAUAGA